UCGAAAAUGACCAAACUAGUUAUCUUGCCUUGUCAUUCGAUAUGGAAGCCGGGUCCCACUCUUGGCGAUUCAAGACAGGAAUGGUCAUUGGCUAGUUUCCAAGUUGAAGGCAAUGAUCACUUGUCAUUUAAGGAACAUAUAACACGGAGCUUGGAUUAUUUGAGAAGUGAUCCUGAUGCAUAUUUAGUCAUAUCUGGUGGACAAACGAAACGUGAACUGGGCCCUGUAUCUGAGUCAUUAUCAUAUUACUUGCUUGCACAAGCUUUGCUAAAGGAGGAGUCCAUUGAGUUGAAUAAUCGCAUAACGACAGAGGAAUUCGCCCGUGAUUCCUUCGAGAAUGUUAUCUUCCUGAUAUGCAGAUAUUACGAAAUAUUUGGGAAGUAUCCAGAUUCAAUAACAAUAAUUGGGUUUGAAUUUAAGAGAAUACGUUUCCUAGAUUAUCAUAUGCAAGCAUUAAAGUGGCCCAGCUCAAAUGUUGAAUACAUUGGGAACCUGCCCAACCCGGAUCUGGUAAGAGAUCAAAGACAGAAAUAUUUCGAGGAUCUUGAAGCUAGUGAAUUUAAGCAUGCCGUUGAACACUUUAAAGCGGAUAAAUUUGGAACUAAGUCACCACUCAUUGAAAAGAAACUCUCCAGAAACCCCUUUAGCAGAUCUCACGGGUAUGAAAUUAGCAACCCGUUGCUAGCACCAUUUCUUAGGGCUAUCAGGAAUAGGACACAAGAGGAGGAUGACAAAAUAAUGCUAAAGUUAGAAGGGGCACCAUGGAUACAGGGCAAGUGAUUUCUGGAAGAGAAUACUUACUGUGCAAU